AUGGUUUCUGAUAGCUCUCAGCCUCGUUUAAUUUUUUAUCUCAAACAGUAUUGGAAUGAACUAUAUCAGCGCAAUAGUAAUGUUGCAGACAGAUUAACAGUCCUUGAGGAUUUCUUAUCAAAUGAAAGAGCAAUAGAUGAUUUUUUAGAUACUGGUGAUCUGGAUAACCAGAUUGAAGAUAGCGUCAACCUAUCUGAUGAUCCUGAGGAAGCUGAAGAUGUUGACAAAGGCAGUUUUAUUGACUGGUACUUGAAUGAAAUACAGACCGAACUGACACGAAAACAAGGCGAAUGGUCUAAAUGCUACAAGGAAGGAACUCUUUGCCUUAAAUGCCCGAAGUGUAACGAGGAUUUAAAUGCUGAUAGUUAUACCAAAGUUCCCAAGGCCCGUAGAAUUAUUGACUUUGAUGAACGUCGGAUAUUACACCUUCAACACGAGUUUCCUGCUGUCUUGACCCAUAGAUUAGGCUUAUCGGUCAAGCUUUUCAACUUUAUAAGACCCGCAUUACCAAAUUCGAGUAAACCUUCUCGUAUCAGCAAACUUCUACGAGAAAUGCAUACAUUACGACAUGAUGUAUUGCAACGACAAUAUCUUAAUGCCGUGGAAGACUUUUCAAGAUUUGAUGACAAGUCCAAAUAUGUGGGGCAUUUCCCGUCUCCUGGUUAUCUCGGCUACGUAUAUACUAGUAGUAUGCGGCUCUACAAGCACUACAUUUAUAAACAAAUGGCUGUGUUGCCAGCGGAAAUAUUGAAAGGCGAUCAUUCUUUCAAGCUUCCCAAGAAAAUUGGAAAGACGAAUUCUGUAUCUGUAUUCAACGCGGUGUAUACUGUCUGUAAUGAAUACGAGGAAAUCUGUAUGAUGUACCUAACAGCGACAAAGGCUUUAUCCCACCUGGUACAACCUUUCGAGCAAUUUUACAAGUCUCGUUCCUUAUAUGGAAAUCCAAAGCCAAAGAUAUUCUUUAGAGACAAUCCAUUGGGUGAUAAAUCAUUUUUGGAAAAGACAAUUCCUUCUUUACUUUGUGGUACGUCUUCUGAAGUGACUUCUCCGAUCCCUUGUUAUCCUCCCUUGCCUGAUAUCGAGUUACCGGAUUAUAUAGCUGUUCAUGUUGUAUCAACGUCCACUGAUAUAAACAGAAUCAGCAGUACAAUUCUCUCUGAUGUUAGUAUAGGUGAGGACGGCACUGGUGCGCCCAUUUACAUCGGUUUUGAUACAGAAUGGCCUGUCUUUUCGGUUGGUGCUUCAACAAGAAAGCCUGUAGCUGUUAUACAAAUAGCUUAUGAUGACUACUUGCCUUUUGGAUUAGAAGUACCUUUUAAGAACACACUAAUCUUCACGGGUAUCGCCGGUGGCAUUGUAGGUCUUGUCUAUUCCAACCUUGCUAAGGAAGUAGCCACCAAUGCGAAAUCAACAGACCAUGAGAAAUUAGAAACCAAGCCAAAUACAGGCUGUACGCCAUUUGAAUAUAACUUGAACGACACGAAAAAAAAACUACAUCCAAUGGAUGAUAGUCUUGCUGUGGUUAUAGAGCAGCCUCUUCUUGAAGUGAACGAUGGAGAAAGGGAGGCGGAUAAAACGAAGGAUGACUCACCUACUGUUGAAGAGAGAACCUUGGAAAAGUUGGAAUUCACACUCAACGAAGUUGACUGUUUCUCAUUUGCACUUGAGUCUUCACUUGUCAUGAAUAUUCCCGAUAUUAAUAACAAUCAUAUGGUCCAGUGCGUUACUGAUAAUAAAUAUAUUUGGAAGCAUAACGCCAUCUUGCAUGCUGCCUUAAGCCAGGACUAUCCUACACAUACGAAUUUUGUCCUAAAAGUUCUUCAGUCAGAUAUUUCGGGUAGUGUUAUUCCGGAGAAGUAUGCUCUAUUGAACAAGGACACUCCUAGUUGCGAUUUUAAUACACCCGGAAAUACGGUAACAAAACGUAAAAGGAUUAGCAGCAAGUCGGCGCUGGGUUCAAGCUCUUGUCGAAGUGAAGAAGAACACGAAGCAGAACAGCGUAUGAUCAAAAACUGUAUCUCAAAGGCCAUUCAGUAUUAUCAGACGAACGACAUAGCCCUCGGAAAUCACAACAAUUUGAAUUCCUUAGGCAUGAGAACUGCAUACAACGUUGAACAUGUCAAAAAAGUAACUGAGGACUAUUUCAAGACUCUCGUUUACGGAGCUGACGAUGGAACCGUCGACGGAAAUCUGACGUAUAAAGCAAUGGCUACUCAGGCCUAUAGCAAUACGGUUCAUAUAGCAAACAUGUUUCUUGGGGUAUACUGCAAGGACAAGUACCGGGUGAAUGGAUCUUGCUGGUCUGAUUACAAGAAAAACGAUGAGCAUAUUAUUAUGGUGUAUAUGUUGGAGAGAAUUGUAUACUAUUGGAAUAACAAUAGCAGCAAUCCUGGGGUGCCAUCAGGGUCCGGUAGAAUGUCUGACCUCGCCGCAGAAAAUCCCUUUUUGCCGUUGCAUUUGGCCAUGAAUAAUUGGAUUGCUCGUAAUAUGAUCAUUUCUUUGUUGGGUAACACCAAGAAACUGGUACCGCACAAACCCCGUAGCAAGUGUCGAAUCUUCUGGAUCCAUGUCAGGCCCCAUGGCUGCGCUCAACAUGAAUACCAUUCUCGUUCCCCCAUGGCUGCGCUCAACACGAAUAUCACUAUUUCUCGUUCCGCUGAAUCGGAUACAUAUCUGGAGCAUGAUUUCAGACCAGUAUAUUUGGAAGGGGGUCAAGAUGAGCAAGACCAACCUGCCCCAUCGCAGAAUGAGAGUUUCUCUGUGCCUGGUACGGAUUCUGUCCAAUCUCCCCACCCAUCUCCCUCUCCCUCUCCAUCUCCCCGCCCCUCUCCCUCUCUCUCUCCAUCUCCUCGCCUGUCUGCAUCUGUCUGCUUGUCACCUGCUUCUUUACCUCCACCCCCUGAGCCAUCUACUUCGUCUUCAAAGAUUGACCAAAGAGCUGAAAAAAGGGCCGCAAAAAAGGCAACAACCAAACGGGCAAGGGAUGAGUUGAUAAUAGAAGGACGCUCUCGUAGCAAAACUAAGCCUUAA